AUGUCUAAUCAGUCAGAUCGACGUUUAUUUUAUUUUAUAAAACUUUUUUUGUUUAUUCAAUUAACAAAAUCAGAAACAUUCAAAUGCGUUAAAGAUGGUUUUUUUCCAGACAAAAAAGAUUGUUGGAUCUACCAUAUUUGCGUUGGUGCAACACAUUCAGUAAAAGCUUGUAAAGAAGAUCUUUUAUUCAAUCCAAAUAAAAACGAAUGUGAUUGGGCAAUGAAUGUUAAUUGUAGUCAAAGAUCGUAUGAAGAUACUCUUCCAGCAACAAUACCUGCAAAUGGUCUUUCUCCACCUGGUUCAAUUUAUUUUAAUCCUUCAUCUGCCGGUGAGAAUCUAGAUCGACCAAAAUAUCUUCCACGUUAUCCAGAAAUGAGUGAUUCAAUGCUCGAACAUUUAUGUCGAACAAUUGAUGACGGCUUUAUAGCGCAUCCAACUGAUUGUAAACGAUAUGCUUAUUGUGCAAACGGUGUGCCACAAACUAAAGUUUGUAAAAAAGGUUUACUAUGGUCACAACAUGAAAAAAUGUGUGUUUGGCCAGUACAAUCCGAUUGUCCACUAAAGGAUCUAAAUCCAGAACCUUCAGAAGAAACAAGAAAUUACGCUUCAGGAAACGCACGUGGUACAAUGUAUCCACCAUCUUAUAGUCUACCUAAUACUCAACGUCCAAAUCCAUCAUCUAAUACAUUUAGACCAACUAUUGAGUGCCCUGCAUCACAAUCCUGGCGUGUACCUGAUCCGUUCGAUUGUUCUAUUUAUCAUGAAUGUUAUCAAGGUACUGAUAUACUUGCUUUUUGUCCUGCACAACUUCUAUAUAAUCCCGAAAAACAAAUUUGUGAUUAUCCACCAGAUGUUCAAUGUAAAAAUAAAUGUACAUCGAAGAAUGAAGGUGCCCGAUUUGUUGAUUUGUCAAGUUGUUGUCAUUUUCUUGAAUGUGUAUCAGGUAAAUUAAUAACUCAAACAUGUACACAUCCGAAUUCAUUUGAUAUUCAAACUCGUACAUGUUUACCAUAUAAACGAGUUAAAUGUGAUGGACGUCGACAAUGUUUGAGUCAUUAUUUAUCAAAUUAUGAUGUUGGUAAAAGUUUGUGUGAUUUUGUUCCAUCAUGUGCUGGUCAUAGCGAUGGAUAUUAUCUUGAUCGAACUAAACCAAAUUGUCAAGCAUACAUUCAAUGUCUUGAUAAUCGUGUUGUCAAUCAUAGUCGUUGUUCACAUGGACAACGUUUUAAUAGAAAUAUGGGUCGAUGUGCACCUGCUGAUCAAGUACCUUGUCGUGUUGUUCUAAAGAAUGCAUAG